CGAUAUUGAUUUUUGGGGUCAGACAGUUUAUCCACAGGUGAGCGUUGUAUUCAGCGCACGAACUGACUUAAAAUAACAGCAGCAUACGUACAUGCAUGUCCCAGCAACAAAGCGAAUGCAUGAUUCUCCAUAUUAGUUCCUCCUUUCUUGAUGAUGGUUUGAUGACAAUUUUAUCAUCCUGUUCAGAAGUGUCUUCGUGGGCUGGAAUUUCUUCCUGGCUGAUUUGUAGACCGUCUUAUUUCAGGAGCACAGAGGACCGUCCUUCACAUCAGAGGUCACCAGACGAAGGCGGCCGGGUUGCUGAUUGCCGAAACGUCGUCAGAGACAACGUAAAAGAACCUUCAGAUACCUGACCCGCAGAUCAGCUGCAAGGAAUCAUGGGCAACAAAUUCAAGGUCUUCUUGUUGAUGGUCAUCUCCGGAGUCGCCAGCACGCUUUCCUACAUUUACAUCUUUGAAAACGCCAACCAGGGUCCUCGCCAUUUUCAAGGAUUUCUGAGGAAACCCAUGAGAACGGCAGGCAUUCGCUACCCGAUUGCGAACAUGAACACUUUGGAUGCGGAGACCAUGCACAAAUUCCUGCAGAAAAUUUAUUCACAUGGAGACAAGAAUCGCACUGAAAGUAGUAGUUCUAACUACCCGAAGCGAAGGGAUACGGAUGGAUACGGAGAGGAGAGUGACAAGCCACUCCCGCUGCCUGAUAGUUCUAAGGACCUCGAGGCGAAUUGGACGGAAAGAGACCAUGGAUCAGCGGAGGGAUAUAAAAAGGCCAGUGAAGAGGCCGUGCCGUCGUUAGUGGGUAGAACCAUAAACAAGGUUGAUGGUAAUCGUACGGCCAGUGGCUCGACAUCAGAGAAGGAGAAUACAAAAGAGAAUCGGACAUCAUCACUAACACAAAAAGACAGAGAUGAGAAAGACAUGUACAAAAUAACUAACAAUGUAACGAAAACAGCGGAUGAAUACGUGGAGGGGGGUGACAAAGUUUUACCGCCAGCAGGGAAGGAUGAUACGGAGGCUGACACCGCUAAAGAAAGUGAAGAAAAGCCAGGAGCUGUUGCAGGAAACAGAAACGAGAGUAACAAACUCACACUCUCGGCAGAGCGGGAGGAUACAGUGAAAACUGCUGGCACAAAAGUGAGAGAAGACAGUGACCCGAAAUUGGCGGAGGGGCCCCAAAAGGAGGGUGACAGGCCUCCGUCUUCACCAGUAGGCCUUCAACCAAACAAGGGUGCAGACGACACGGACAAGAAACUUACUGCAGGUAAAAAGUGGGACAAUCCUAAAGUGCCAGGAAAAGAACAUUAUGCUAACGGGAGUGAAAUGUCAGGAAAUCCAAAACCGGUCGCGGACGGUAAAAACCAAACCAACAAGGCAAUAUCUCCACCUGAUAACACCGAGUCUAUCGCAGAUGUAGGUGGCAACUGGCAGAAGACGAACGAGAGCAAGAAAAGAGACCCUCCGAAGUCUGAAUCGCAAAUCCAUCAAGAUAAAACUGCGAAAGCUGGGGGCAAAUUGCCAGACGAACCCAAGAAUUCAGGUGCCAGGAAACAGUGGGACAAGCCUCCCGUGAAAUGGGACAAAACUAAACCAGGCGAUGGUCAACUGACCAGGCAAAGGCCAUUCAGUGAAGGUGCUGGAAAGCAGUGGAACAAACCCGUAGCUUCUCCGGUUGGCCUUCAAAAGGGCAAAAUCAAAGAUGGUAGUGGUAAAUGGAAUCCUGGAGACAAAAGACCAGCAGAGAUGAAAGGGGGUGUCAAGUGGACAGCGGGGCAAGGAGGCAGUAAAAAUACCGACACUGGUAAACCACUGUCUGGAGAUCCCAAACCAGUUGCAGAGAACGGAGAGAAAACAGGCAAGCGAGCAGCAUCUCCAGCGCAGGGUGACAAGAGUAAAUCUAGCUGGAUUUUGAAGUGGAAAGACCCCAAACUAGCAGAUAGGAUCAAGGAUAAAGCCAAGCCCGCACCUGUCCAGGGCAAAUGGGAUAAAUCGGGUCUUGGCAAAGCGACAGUCCAAGACUCGAAGACCGUUCAGGGAACCGGAAACCAGAGUGGUAAGCCCGCUACAACAGUAAAACAAGGAGAUCAAGUAGGCACUGGUAAAUCGAAUGGAAAUCAGAAAUCCAUGGCUGGAAACGAGGGGGACAAGCAAGAGCAUUGGAAUUGGAACAAAAAUGGCAAUUCUUCCUCUCCCGUAUCGGCAAAUAAAGCUGGCGGUGGUAGGUCUAACCCUCCUUUGACUGUAGGAAACACAAAAUCGGUUUCCAAGAAUGGUACCGUAGACAAGGGUGGUAACCCAAUGAUAACACAUGACUUUAACCUCGUGUUGAAUGAACCAAUGGCGUGCAAGAAAGCCGACGGCGUCAACAAAGCAGUGUUCCUAUUGGUUCUCGUCGUCACCACUCACGAGAAAAGUGACGUUCGGCAGACAAUCCGUGAAACAUGGGCCCGCCCCGGCGAAGUGAUGGGGAAGACAAUUGUUGUUCUAUUUAUGCUGGGCCAAAGUACAAACAGUACCCUUCGCGAGAUCGUUCAAAAGGAGAGUGACCAAUACCACGACAUUCUAAUGGAGGACUUCGUGGAGAGUUACAAAAACCUCACCCUAAAGACGAUGAUGGGUAUGAGGUGGGCGGGUGAAUACUGCCCGCAAGCGGCGUACGUCAUGAAAACGGACGACGACAUGUACGUAAAUCGCGAGAAUCUCGCGAGACUCCUCGCGAGUCCAACGACGCCUACGAAACGGUUCAUGACCGGUCACGUGUUCGAGGCUAUGCCGCCGAUUCGCGAAAGCACCAAGAAAAACUACAUGCCGGUGGAAAUGUACGGGGAGCAGAAAUAUCCUCCCUACUGCGCAGGCGCGGCUUACGUCAUGUCAGGUGACCUCCCCGCGCUGGUUUUCAACAUGGCUACCCUCAGUCCAAAAUAUAUUCACAUCGAAGACGUGCUAGUAGGGAUUUGCCUGAGAAAAGUCGGCAUUAAGCCAGUUCAUAACAGUGGAUUCAGGCACAAUGCCAUGCCUUUUAUUCCCUACUCAUUUUGCGAGUACCGAAACGUUAUUACCAUGCACGGAGCAACCAUAUCAGACAUGAUGUCUAUUUGGAAUGGCCAAAAUGUCCAUCAAAGCAACGAGACGUGUAAUCAAAAGAAUUAAAAAUAACACAGUGGUAGUGUAAAACAAAAUUACUUCUUUUGAUCCGAAAUAACUCUGUUGUUAACAAAUGGAAUUACAUUGUAAACCAAAAUAAAUCAAGUGAACAAUGCAUGACAAAUAUCAUGGAGCGAGUUUCAUCAGCUUUGUGCAAGAGGGUGAUAUUUAAACUUUUAAGACUAAAUUCCUCUUUUGCCUUCUCAUUCCCAAUCGCUUCUGAUAAUUAUUGUAGAUCUGUAUAUAAAAAAUGCCCAUUAUAAACUACAAUAUGAUAUCAAAUAAUACUUUUAAUGAGUGACAAACCUGUUCAAUCCCCACUUUUGGGGUCACAAAUAAUUAUUAUCUCAAACAGUAUUACCUAAACGCCUUACCAAUCAUUUGCUGUAUGGAAUUCCUGACCAAAAAAAAUGUUCAAUCUAUUUUUAAAAUUCCAUAAAUUCUCUUAAAAGCUAUCCUAAAUACUCAAAUAUUAAUAUGAUUUUUCACACACCUUUGGGGUAGGGUUAAAAGAAAACAAAUACAGCCUGUGUUGAGUACUAAUGAUUCAUAAGCAAAUAAAUUAAAGUGAAUAAUGA